GGUUUGUCAGAUUAUUGAUGCGGUGGUUUGAAUCACGUUUGAAUUGAAGUGCGAAGCUUCGCAUUUAGUUUUAUUUGCGUUUUGUUGUUUUCUAGUCAUAACAUAAAAUAGGUAAACAAGUGAGUUGUACGUAAUUCGUGUUGUGCUAGUAGCAUUGAGUGUAAAAUUAGUUAAUCAUGGUGUUGGCUGAACGAAGCAGUGAUGUUCGAAACGGGAAGCGAUCGAGAGGGCCGAGCCCUAAUGGCCAUGGAAGCCCUGAUUCAAGCUCAGAGGAUGAGAACGUAGUACCAUUUGCAGCUGAGAAGAUAAGAGUGGGUCGUGAUUAUCAGGCAGUUUGCCCUGAGCUGGAGCCCGUGGAGCAAAGGAAACCUGAACAAAUAUCCGACAGAGCUUUGCUGGUUUGGUCACCAACAUCUGAUAUAUCCGACAUUAAAUUGGAUGAAUAUAUAACAACAGCAAAAGAAAAGUAUGGCUACAAUGGUGAACAAGCACUAGGAAUGUUGUUUUGGCAUAAACAUGAUCUCAAUCGUGCUUCCAUGGAUCUUGCUAACUUCACACCUUUCCCUGAUGAGUGGACAGUUGAAGAUAAAGUCCUGUUUGAACAAGCUUUUCAAUUUCACGGAAAGAGCUUCCAUAGAAUAAGGCAAAUGUUACCUGACAAAUCCAUUGCAUCAUUGGUAAAAUAUUAUUAUUCAUGGAAAAAAACAAGAGCACGCACAUCAUUGAUGGAUGUAGUCGGUGAAGGUCGUAAUGCUACCGGUUCAGGUACAGGCAAGAGGGAAUCCGUAGCGGGCUCUGAGCCAGGCGGGUCUGAUAAGGAUUCAGACAAUGAUGAAAAGGGCGAGGGCGGCGGCGGUGCGGGCAAGUGGUGCACCGUCUGCGGCAUUCUGUGCACACAAACGACGCCGCACAAUUCCCAGAAGUUGUGUCAGGCAUGCCUCGUGCACGCCAGACGCACGGGGACGAUGCGGCCGCUUUGCGGUCCGUCGGGACGACGCGGCCCCGGCAAGCAACAGCGAUACAAGCACCGCUUGCCGCGCGGCAUUUACAUCAAUCAUGACGAUCUCGUCGCCAUGGCGACCGGCCCGCAGCCCGGUGACCCGCCGCAGCCCGGCCUUAUCAAUCAGGGCGAAGCCAUGCUCAAAGCCAUGGACAGAGAGAUCAUAUCGCUCAAGAGACAAGUUCAACAGAAUAAACAACAGUUAAGUGCUAUGAAACGUAAAGUGGGAGACGCGGGAGUGGAAGAACUCAGACCUGGAGAACCACCAGCAAAGAUUAACGCACGUUGGACAAAUGAUGAAUUGUUAAUGGCAGUUACAGCAGUAAGGAAAUAUGGCAAAGAUUUCCAAGCGAUUGCGGAAACUCUUGGCACGAAAACGGAAGCCCACGUGCGUACAUUCUUCAUAACGUAUCGACGUCGCUACAACUUGGACGCGGUGCUGCGGGAACAUGAAGCAGAUCGUGGAAGUGCAAAUCACAUACAACAAGGUACAACAAGUACAGAAGGAGGUGACAAUGUAGCUGAUAACACCAGCGGGAAUGGCACCACUUCCCCACAGGCCAACGCAAAAGAUGAGAAGAUGGAGGUAGACAGCGAGGGUGUGGCUAUCGGUGCGUCAGCGGAGCAAGGUGGGCCGCCAACUACACCGCCAAAACACAAGCCUGCCAAGUGAUGCAAGCUAACACACAAGCAGUCACACAAACAGACACACUGCCAUACAUAACAUCGCCACAAUUUACAGACGUUUCCAAAUAUCUUGACGGUUCAGAAUAUCACAUGAGUCGAUGCGCAGUUAGAUGUGGUGAAGGAACUGCGCGUGCGCAGAUGACAUUGAACCGCCAAAUAUAUUGAAUUAGCCUCUAUAAUAAAAAACUCACGCCCGUAUCAUAGAGGUAUA